AAACUUGAAGCAGAGAGAAAAGAGGAGCAGAGAAAGCCAGAGCAAGAUGCUCACGGCUCGUCGAUCCCAAGAAAGGAGCGAUCCAUUGUGUGGAAUUCUUAUGGUCCCCCGAAAAUGACUGUGAAUGUGACACUGCUCGGCGGGCCUCCAUGGGGACUGCGCUUGAGCAGCGACCAGGAACUUCGUCCGAUUGUCUCGAAGAUUCUAAUGGGAGGCCGUGCUGCUCGGGCAGGUGUCAAGUCCGGAGAUGUUCUUCAUUCGGUGAACUCCAUGCCGGUGUUCACUUGCAAACAAGCUCAUGCUAUGAUUCAGAAAGCUCAAGGUCAGCUGAGACUCGCAGUGGUC